UGGUUUACUGGUGUUGUGCAAUCGACAAGAAAAUCGUGUUUAAAACGUUUAGAACUAUGCGGGCAUAAAGUGAAAUAAAUCUCCCGACUGUGACAUAAACCAAGUCUUUUACAAUGUUGAUUUCUGUGGUAUGUCUAUGGCUCCUGACCGUCAGCGUUUCAUCUUCCGGCAUUUUUGAGAAAUUUUCAUACGUUCAGCAAUUUGCCAAGCCAGUGUUCAACGCCAAGGAAAAAGAGAACAUCGGAGAACUGGAAAAUUUCUUGAGCGAACUUUGGAAACUUGAUAAAAAUCGAAUGGAUGUUGGCGAAGACAUUGAAGUUAAAGUGCCAAAAAGCGUGAAUCUCCUAUCCUACUUCAAACCUACAAAGGAUGAAUUAUUUCAAUUUGUAAGCAAGGGUAUGUUGAACGGUCCAACCUAUGAAGCGUUCAUUCACCUGUUGGACAAUUACAAUGCAAAUGCAGGGCACACUGAAUAUACUACUUACGAACAAAUGCAAGAAAUCUGGGCCUUCCUCCACGCCAUUUCAGAGACGGCAGUGAUAAAACACACGCAUGAAUUUCUUGCAUGCUCAGAUAAACCUCAUUUCCUAAGCGUCUACUUUGAAUCCACGAAAACGGGAGCCACAAUGAAUGGCGCCUACGUUUUACUCGGAACGUCACCGGAAUUCGAACUAGCUGCAUACACUACCGUUUUUCUCAUGGGUCUUCCAGGAAAACUCACUGUGAAUGGAUGUUCAAUUUACCUGGUCUGCACAAGACAGCUCUUUGACAAACGGCGUCCGCGUACCUGCUACCCAAAAGACCAGUUUCUGUAACCGUUUGUUGCAACCGAAUCAUGAAUAAAUGUACACGAAGAUGGCAA